CCGAGUGAAUCUUUAGUGCGUAUUAGAAGCAAUGCCGGCGGAAGGAAUGGCCGAAGAUCAAAGUGCUUCCGGUGGGAAGUUUGUAAAAAAUGUGGAGCUGAUGUUCAACACCAUCAAUCAUGUGCUGAUGGGUUAUGUUACAAUUUAUUUGAGUUACAUUUCGUACAUGAAUGGCUUCGGAAAUCUUUUCUCCUGGCAUAUAUUUCUGAGUUCUGUUGGAUACACAUUUUUCAUGACCGAAUCGUUUAUGGUUAUGUAUGGUGACAAUUCAUGGUCUAGCUCGUACAAAGUUACUACGAAAAGAACGCUUCAUUGGGUUUUGCAAGCUAUUGGAGGUAUCGCUAUUUUCAUUGGAAUCGCUUUGGAGUACUAUGUGAAGGAGGACAGAAAUCGAAGUCACUUCAAAUCAGAUCAUGCAAUAACAGGAUUAGUGUCCUUAAUACUCAUAUUGAUAUCAUCAUUGAAUGGAGUUAUUACAUGGUUCGCUGCAAAAAUACGACAUAUUAUAAAACCAGUCUACAUCAAACUAUUCCACUAUAUAACGGGUAUUGGCGCUUUCGUCAUAGGAAUGGCGUCUCUGAUGCUGGAAUACUCACCCCGACGGAUGCAAUCGACGGAAAACAAAAAUAUGCUUCUCUCGUUCACCAUUAUUGUAAUUCUACUCACCUGCAUAGGAACGAUGAAAAAUAUGUAUGGCCAUUUGAAAACCAUGUGCCGAUAAAAACAAAAUUAUGAAGUAUCAAAAAUGGAAGUAGAGGUGUCAUCAUUAUGGAAAGCAGCAGAAAAAACACAACGUUUAAAAUGCAGCUCUUUAUUCGCUUUUAAUCGCAAGAAAAAAAAACCUUUUUUACAUAUUCAGCAUUCUGGUGGUAAAAAGAUUUUUGAUUUAAUUAGAAGCAAUCAAUAAAUGGUAAUUAACUGGUAAGAUUUAUUUCUGAUUAUUUCGAUGUUAAUUUGUGUUCAUCAGAGUGCGUCUGUUCCUGGGGAUGCGACUGUGCAGUUGUUUUUUUGUCCAUUCGCUUAGUGAUUAAAAAGCAUUCGAUUAUAUAUUACGAUUAAAAUAUAUUAAAAUUUAGGUUAUCGUAUAAAUCACAAUUUUCGUCUCAAUUUUAAGAUUAAAUUUGGCCGAAAGGUUUUGUUUUUGUAAAUUACAGGUAAAACAUUGUCUAAACUAUUAAUUUUAGGUGUAAA